GUCACUCGUCCUUGUUCCCAUUUCAAAGUCCAUCUCCCCAGAAUCAAACACAUGGCGACCGAUGUGGGAGCUCUCCAUUGCUUCUUCGCGGAGAUCACUGACCAGUUGGUCAAUUCCUGCGUUCAUGGACGCAAGCAUGUCCAACAUUCGCCUCAUGAUCUCGUCCUGUCCAGUAGUAAGAGAUCCAACAUCGGCUUCUACUCUACGGAUGCGUGCUUCGUCCCCCAUCGGUGGCGCUGGUACCAAAUUGUUCUGGUUCGACCAGAACCCCUCGGCAAUCAAAUGUUUUUGCCGCUGCUUCUUCCCCUUCUCUAGUUUGGAGUCUAAUAGGAUCAGAAAGAGGUGGAGUGGUGGUUUACUUAGAGGAUAACACUGCCUUUUGAUAAUCUGUGAAGGAAGCCAAGGGAAGAAAGAGGCUUGAAAGACAUGUAAAGAGUGUUGUUCACUUACUGGCUCAACAUAUUAUAAUAGAAAGAGUUGUUGCCACCUCAUGUGGAUUGAAGCUGUGAACAGACAUUUUUGAAGACUGUACGUCGCGGGGAGCAAUAUGGGAAAUUCUAAUCUAUCAACAGAUGGAAUCUGUGAAAGCUAUUUGCUUUUCUAUGGGGAAACUUACCUUUCAAAUGGAUUGCGAGCUUUCUUGUAUCUUCUUGGACUUGCCUACUGCUUCAUUGGGUUGUCUGCUAUAACUGCACGCUUUUUCCGGUCGAUGGAGAAUAUUGUUAAACAAACACGGUGCAUUGUGGAACUUGAUUCAUGCACAAAUGCUGAAGUAAUUAAAUAUGAAAAGUUUUGGAACUACACUAUAGCAGACAUUUCUCUACUGGCCUUUGGAACGAGCUUUCCACAGAUCUCUUUAGCCACAAUUGAUGCCAUCCGAAACCUUGGUCAGCUAGAUGCUGGAGGUCUAGGACCAGGUACACUUGUAGGUUCUGCUGCCUUUGACCUGUUUCCUAUCCAUGCUGUGUGCGUGGUGGUUCCUAAGGCUGGUGCUUUGAAAAAGAUAUCUGAUAUAGGUGUUUGGCUAGUUGAGCUCUUUUGGUCAUUCUGGGCAUAUUUUUGGCUUUACAUAAUCUUAGAGGUGUGGACACCGAAAGUAAUCACCCUCUGGGAGGCUUUAUUGACAGUUUUACAGUUUGGAUUGCUGCUGAUUCAUGCUUAUGCUCAAGACAAGCACUGGCCAUUUGUAUCUAUUCCACUGGAAAGAAGUGAGAGGCCUGAAGACUGGGUUCCAGAAAAUGACAAUUUGUUUGAUCAUGGCGAUAAUGAAUGUAAUGGUUGCUGUGAGAUACUACAAGGUAGUGAAGAGAAUGACAGCAGCAUUAUUGAUAUAUCGUCUAUCCAUUCUUAUAAGGACACAGGUCCAGUCUACCAAAAUGUGCCACAAAAUGAUGUGGCAGAAUCCUCUACACAAGCAUUAAUCAAGAAGAAAAUUGUUGAAGAAGAUCAGGAUGUGCUUUUAGUUUGGGGACGACAAUUUUUUGAUUCAUUAAUAUUGGAGAGCACUGAAUCAAAGAAAAUAGAUAAUGUUUGCUUAAGAAUGGCAAGAAUAUUUUGGCAAUUAAGCCUUGCACCAUGGAGAUUGCUGUUUGCUUUUGCGCCUCCAUAUCAAAUUGCUCACGGAUGGAUUUCAUUUAUUUGCUCUCUAAUUUUCAUUAGCGGGAUAGCUUAUGUUGUUACCCAGCUUACAGAUCAGAUAAGCUGUGUCACAGGAAUUAAUCCUUAUGUCAUAGCGUUUACAGCACUAGCCAGUGGAACCUCAUGGCCAGAUUUAGUUGCAAGCAAGAUUGCUGCUGAGCGUCAAGUAACUGCAGAUUCUGCCAUCGCUAACAUCACUUGCAGCAAUUCGGUGAAUAUUUACAUAGGCAUUGGCAUCCCGUGGCUGAUCGGCACAACUUACAACUUCUUUGUCUACCAGGAACCACUAUACAUUCCAAAUGCAGGAGGCCUCAGUUUCUCCCUGUUAGUAUUCUUUGUAACUUCAGCUGGUUGCAUUGCAGUUCUAGUGCUCCGUCGUCUGAUCUUAGGUGCAGAACUUGGUGGGCCCAAGCUGUGGGCUUGGGUGACAUCUGUGUAUUUCAUGUUUCUAUGGAUUAUAUUUGUUGUUCUCUCCUCACUUAGGGUUUCUGGUAUAAUUUAAACUCAUUCAUAGGAUGUUAUGGGGUGUUGUCUCAUUACAUCACUAUCCAUUUUUCAUUAUUGGAGUUGCUUUAGAAAAAGUAGGGAAGGAUGGCCAAAUUUGAUGGUAUGCUGUCUUCCUUAUAGCAACACAGAACAGAUGUUUGUAUAUGGUUAGAUUAGUUGAUCAUUACCAAUCUUAUGGGUUGGCAUUUCUCCAUCAAUAAUUUGUCUAGUGUAAUUUAUCUGUACCAAAA